GACUUAAAACCUGCGGUACCAGGGCCAGAGAACAGAGCGCUACUGGAUACCUGAUUGCCCUUCGCCCGGUCCGAGCUUGACUUUAUGACGGCGCCGUAACUGCGGGAUUCCUUCUCCACAUUAACACAUUCUGCAUGUCUAAUAUUUAGACAUGUUCAGGCUUCUGGAUUCGCGGACAUUAUUACUGCUUGUUGCAGUGCAAGCACUCCUCGUUGCUGUUGGCAGAUGUCAAGACAGAGAUAUCCAGGACCUGAAAGUGAACUGUUUACAAGAUGGGCACAUGUACAGUGACAAAGAUGUGUGGAAACCCGAGCCUUGUAGAAUCUGUGUCUGUGAUUCUGGGAUUAUCCUUUGUGACGAGAUAAUCUGCGAAGAUCUUAAAGAUUGCCCUAAUCCCGAGAUUCCUUCUGGAGAAUGCUGCCCUGUCUGUCUGAAAGACCGUCCUGCUCUCAGCGAUCGGCAGAGAGGUCCGAAGGGACAAAAAGGUGAACCAGGGGACAUUAAAGAUGUUGUAGGACCAAGGGGACCUCCAGGCCCACAGGGACCAUCUGGAGAGCAAGGCUUAAGGGGACCACGUGGAGAGAAGGGUGAAGCCGGUGCGCCUGGUCCCCGUGGUAGAGAUGGGGAACCUGGAACUCCUGGAAACCCUGGCCCACCCGGACCACCUGGAUCUUCCGGCAUGUCUGACUUUGGCGGAAACUUUGCUUCGCAAAUGGCACGAGGGUUUGAUGAGAAGGCAGGAGGUGCUCAGAUGGGUGUCAUGCAAGGACCAAUGGGCCCCAUGGGACCCAGAGGACCCCCAGGACCCACAGGCGCUCCCGGCCCUCAAGGAUUCCAAGGAUCUCCUGGAGAACCUGGCGAAUCUGGUGCUGCUGGUCCCAUGGGUCCUCGUGGUCCUCCUGGACCUGCUGGUAAACCUGGUUCUGAUGGCGAGGCUGGAAAAUCUGGAAAACCCGGUGAACGCGGACCCCCAGGGCCACAGGGUGCUCGUGGUUUCCCAGGAACCCCAGGUCUUCCAGGUGUCAAAGGUCACAGGGGUUACCCAGGUCUUGAUGGUGCUAAAGGUGAAGCUGGUGCUGUAGGUGCAAAGGGUGAAGCAGGUGCUGCUGGAGAGAAUGGAGCUCCUGGUCCUAUGGGUCCACGUGGUCUGCCUGGUGAGAGAGGUCGUCCUGGAGCUCCUGGUUCAGCUGGUGCCCGUGGUAACGAUGGUCUGCCUGGUCCAGCCGGUCCUCCAGGUCCAGUCGGUCCUGCUGGUGCUCCCGGUUUCCCAGGUGCUCCAGGCGCGAAGGGAGAAGCUGGUCCAACUGGUGCUCGUGGUCCUGAGGGCGCUCAGGGUUCAAGAGGAGAGUCAGGAAGCCCCGGAUCCCCAGGCCCUGCUGGAGCUCCUGGUAACCCUGGUACUGACGGUAUUCCUGGAGCCAAAGGUUCUGCUGGCGCUCCUGGCAUUGCUGGUGCACCCGGUUUCCCUGGUCCACGUGGUCCUCCAGGUCCACAAGGUGCUACCGGCCCUCUUGGUCCUAAAGGUCAACAAGGUGAGCCUGGUGUACCAGGAUUCAAGGGAGAAGCAGGCCCAAAAGGAGAACUUGGUCCUGCUGGUCCUCAAGGUGCUCCUGGCCCUGCUGGUGAAGAAGGCAAGAGAGGCCCUCGUGGUGAGCCAGGGGCUGCUGGUCCGAAUGGUCCUCCUGGCGAGAGAGGUGCUCCUGGUAACCGUGGUUUCCCAGGUCAGGAUGGUCUUGCUGGUCCUAAGGGUGCCCCUGGUGAGCGUGGUGCUCCUGGUGUUCAUGGUCCUAAAGGUGCUAAUGGAGAUCCCGGUCGCCCUGGUGAACCUGGUCUGCCAGGCGCAAGAGGUCUUACAGGUCGUCCUGGAGAUGCUGGUCCCCAAGGCAAAGUUGGAGCUACUGGUGCCCCUGGUGAAGAUGGCCGCCCUGGCCCACCUGGUCCACAGGGUGCUCGGGGACAGCCUGGCGUGAUGGGUUUCCCAGGACCAAAGGGUGCGACUGGUGAGGCUGGCAAGGCUGGUGAGAAGGGUCUCAUGGGCGCUCCUGGGUUGAGGGGUCUGCCUGGCAAAGAUGGCGAAACAGGUGCUCAAGGUCCUCCUGGUCCAUCAGGUCUUGCUGGUGAGAGAGGUGAACAAGGUCCUCCUGGUCCUCCUGGCUUCCAGGGUCUGCCUGGUCCUCCAGGUCCUCCAGGUGAAGGUGGCAAGCCAGGUGACCAGGGUGUUCCAGGUGAGGCUGGUGCCGCAGGCCCGACAGGUCCACGAGGUGAACGAGGUUUCCCAGGUGAACGUGGAUCUCCAGGCUCUCAGGGACUCCAGGGUCCACGUGGUCUCCCAGGUACUCCUGGUGCUGAUGGUCCUAAGGGUGCAGCUGGUGCUCCCGGCCCCAAUGGUGCUCAAGGUCCUCCCGGUCUCCAGGGUAUGCCAGGCGAGAGAGGUGCCGCUGGAAUUCCCGGUCCAAAAGGCGACAGAGGUGAUAAUGGUGAGAAAGGACCUGAGGGCGCUCCUGGCAAAGAUGGCGGACGAGGUUUAACUGGUCCAAUUGGUCCCCCUGGCCCAGCUGGUCCCAACGGAGAGAAGGGUGAAGCAGGUCCUCGUGGGCCGACAGGUGCUGCUGGAGCUCGCGGUGCCCCUGGUGAGCGUGGUGAGACAGGUCCUCCUGGCCCUGCUGGCUUUGCUGGUCCUCCUGGUUCAGAUGGUCAGGCUGGUCCCAAGGGCGAACCUGGUGAGGCUGGACAAAAAGGUGAUGCUGGUGCUCCUGGUCCUCAAGGUCCAUCAGGUGCUCCCGGUCCACAGGGUCCAACAGGUGUUACUGGGCCGAAAGGAGCUCGUGGUGCCCAGGGUCCCCCUGGUGCAACUGGUUUUCCUGGUGCUGCUGGUAGGGUUGGUCCACCUGGUCCUAAUGGUAAUCCAGGCCCAGUGGGUCCACCUGGUGCUCCUGGUAAAGAUGGUCCUAAAGGCCUACGUGGUGAUCCUGGUCAGGCUGGACGCGCUGGUGACCCUGGUCUUCAAGGGCCAGCUGGUGCUCCUGGGGAGAAAGGUGAACCCGGUGAAGACGGUCCUCCUGGUCCUGAUGGUCCUGCUGGUCCACAAGGUUUGGCUGGUCAGCGUGGUAUUGUAGGUCUUCCUGGUCAGCGUGGAGAAAGAGGUUUCCCUGGUCUCCCUGGUCCUUCUGGUGAGCCUGGCAAACAGGGAGCUCCUGGUUCUGCUGGUGACCGAGGCCCCCCUGGCCCUGUUGGUCCACCUGGUCUCACUGGUCCCUCUGGAGAGCCUGGACGUGAGGGCAACCCUGGUGCUGAUGGUCCUCCUGGUCGUGAUGGUGCAUCUGGUAUGAAGGGUGACCGAGGUCAGACUGGUCCUGCUGGUGCCCCUGGUGCUCCCGGUGCCCCUGGCGCUCCCGGUCCUGUCGGCCCAACUGGCAAACAAGGAAACAGAGGGGAGCCUGGUGCUCAAGGUCCAAUGGGUCCUUCUGGUCCUGCUGGUGCCCGUGGUAUGCCUGGUCCUCAAGGUCCUCGUGGUGACAAGGGGGAAGCUGGUGAGGCAGGUGAAAGAGGGCAGAAAGGUCACAGAGGCUUCACUGGUCUGCAGGGCCUACCUGGUCCUCCUGGUCCUGCUGGCGAUCAAGGUGCUGUUGGUGCUGCUGGUCCUGCUGGUCCUCGUGGUCCUCCUGGUCCCGUUGGACCACCUGGUAAGGAUGGUGCAAAUGGUCUGACUGGUCCCAUUGGUCCACCUGGCCCACGGGGGCGUUCUGGUGAAACUGGCCCUGCUGGUCCUCCUGGUAAUGCUGGUCCUCCUGGUCCCCCUGGUCCUCCAGGCCCUGGUAUCGAUAUGUCUGCCUUUGCUGGUCUGUCACAACCUGAGAAAGCUCCUGACCCACUCCGAUACUUCCGGGCUGACCAGGCUGCUCCAUUCCUGCGUCAACAUGAUGCUGAGGUUGAUGCCACUCUGAAAUCCCUCAACAACCAAAUCGAAAAUAUCCGCAGCCCAGAAGGAAGCAAGAAGAACCCAGCCCGUACCUGCCGAGACCUGAAACUUUGUCAUUCAGACUGGAAGAGUGGUGAUUACUGGAUCGAUCCUAACCAGGGCUGCACACUCGAUGCCAUCAAGGUCUUCUGUAACAUGGAAACUGGUGAGACCUGCGUCUAUCCCAACCCAACAAGCAUUCCACGCAAGAACUGGUGGACAAGCAAGGGAAAAGACAAGAAGCACGUAUGGUUUGGCGAGACUAUGAAUGGUGGUUUCCAUUUCAGCUAUGGCGAUAGUAGUUUGACAGCCAACACUGCUGCCAUCCAGAUGACUUUCCUGCGUCUACUGUCCACUGAGGCCUCCCAGAACAUCACCUAUCAUUGUAAGAACAGCAUUGCCUACAUGGACAGAGCUUCUGGCAAUCUGAAGAAGGCCCUCCUGUUGCAAGGCUCAAAUGACAUUGAAAUCAGAGCGGAAGGAAACAGCAGGUUCACAUACACUGUCUUGGAAGAUGGUUGCACGAAACAUACUGGCAAGUGGGGCAAGACAGUCAUUGAAUACAGAUCACAGAAAACAACCCGUUUGCCCAUUGUGGAUGUUGCACCUUUGGAUAUUGGUGGUUCAGAUCAAGAAUUUGGUGUUGACAUUGGCGCAGUCUGCUUCUUGUAAAAUACUAAGGACCUCAGUACUUUCCAAUCACUUCUAGGACUUCUGCACUGAAUGGCUGAUCCAAUCCAUCACUCCAUUCAUCCACACGCUUACAUUUUGGACUUCAUGGCCUAGCUGGACAGACUGUGAAAACGGUUAAUUUAUUUAUUGUUUUCCUGUAAGAUCGUCAUGUCAGGUGGAAGUGUUACUGAUAUCUGUUGAAGGCCCUCCCCUGGAUUGUACCAGCACAGGUCUUACUAAAAUUCAUACCGUACCAGUCUGUAAUAAAGGUUACGAGCAGGAGACUGUGUAAAAUAUAAAAAAAAAUGGUGCUAUGUUGUAAAACCAGUCUGUAACAUGGAGAACAAUUGAUAUAAAAAAUGUGGAAAGUACAA